CCCGUCGCUGGCCGGGUUCUCCCCGGCGUGGGCGUGGACGUGGGCGAGGAAGGGGAGGCCGCGGCCCCGGCGUCCGGGAGGGGCCGCAGGGUGAGGCGGUGGCAGGCGCGAGGAACGCAGCUGUAUCCAGUUCUCAUUAUGAAUCAGAAAAAUGAGAAAACCGAGGAAAUUUUUAUGGAAGAAAGGAAUCCACUUAGCCUUGUCUGAAAAAUGGAGUAAUAGGUCUGGAAGCUUUAAGAAAUUCCAUUUUCCCCAACACUUGUGUGUUCUGAAAGCUAAGCCCAUCAUUUGUCAUAGACAGUUGAAGCAUUUCCAGUGUAUUAGGAAGGCUCUUCAAAUCCAGAAAACGUGGAUCCAGGAUGAACCCCUUUGUACAAACACCAAGUCCAGUGUGGGUGCCCAAAAUGUUAAUACUUUGUACUCUGAAGUAAAAGGAAAGGACACUAAGCAUUUAAUUUCUUCCUCACGGACUCUUCUGAAACUCCAUGCAGUUAAGUUGCUGUCGUCAGCAAAGCAGGACCAUGAAUACGGCAGAGAGAAACGACUCCUGAAGGCAGUUGCUGACUUAGCAGCAAAUACUGUUUUAGGUCAGGCCAAUGGUCAUAGACCUAGGACAGAGCCUCAAGCUUCUGACUUUCCCAUGAAGUUCAUCAGGGAAAGCCAAAGUCCGGGUGAGAGUGGGAAGAUUGUAGUCACCUUGAGCAAACAGAAGAGAAAGCGCUUUUGUUUUGGCUGCUACCAAGGCCUCGAGCACCACCUGAAUGGGGGACCCUUAAUUACAAAAAAGUUCCAACAUAAUCAGUAUCGAAGAAUAAAAGUGUCUCCUCUUAUGAUGUAUGAGAAAUUAUCCAUGAUUAGAUUUCGGUAUAGGAUUCUCAGAUCCCAGCACUUGAGAACAAAAGGUAGAAUUUGCAAGCUAAGAAAAGCCCAGCGAAGCUGGGUGCAAAAGGUCACAGGAGACCAUCAAGAGACCCUUAGGGAUAACACUGAGGGUGGCACUUGCAGCCCAGUCCUUUCCCCAGAACCUAAAGAUCCUUGCCCGCAUCAGUCAUACUUUCCAGAUAUGGACGGCAGUGUUUUGGUGACGGGAAAGAACUCUCAUAUGCCUGAUGGCCACACUAAAGGAAGUCCUUUCUUGGACAAGGAGCACAGUUUAGAUGAAGCAUUCCCCCACCAACAGAAUGGCAGUGCUGCAUACUCCUGGGACCAGUCAGCCUCUUCUCCUAAGUGGGACUCUACAGAGCAAAUUAGUGAAACCCCCUUAUCAGAACUUCCUUCUAAUAACAGAUUCGCCUCAGAAACUGAAAGAGCAGUUUUGACUCUGGGUCAGGAAAGUGGAACAAGUGCUGUCAGUGAUGACAGAGUAAAGCUGUCGCUGUCUGGAGCAGCUCAGUCUGUGAGUAGUGCAGAUGGGUCUGUGUCUCAAGAGGCUGCUCAGACUGAGAACUCCUAUCAGAUGGAGGAGGAUGGAUCUCUCAAGCAGAACAUUCUGAGUUCUAAGUUGCUGGACCAUCCUUACUGUAAAAGUCCACUAGAAGCUCCCCUGGUAUGCAGUGAAGUCAAACUAGAAAAUCAGGUAGAAGGUGGCAAGAACAAUGAGAAAGCAUCUCCAGUGGACGAUGAGCAGCUGUCAGUCUGCCUUUCUGGAUUCCUAGAUGAGGUUAUGAAAAAGUAUGGCAGUUUGGUGCCACUCAGUGAAAAAGAUGUUCUUGGAAGAUUAAAAGAUGUCUUUAAUGAAGACUUUUCUAACAGAAAACCAUUUAUCAAUAAGGAAAUUACAAACUAUCGGGCAAGGCAUCAGAAGUGCAACUUCCGCAUCUACUACAAUAAGCACAUGCUGGACAUGGAUGAUCUGGCAACCCUCGAUGGUCAGAACUGGCUGAAUGAUCAGGUCAUUAAUAUGUAUGGCGAGUUGAUAAUGGAUGCAGUGCCAGACAAAGUUCACUUCUUCAACAGCUUUUUUCACAGACAGCUGGUAACCAAAGGAUAUAAUGGAGUUAAAAGAUGGACUAAAAAGGUGGAUUUAUUUAAAAAGAGUCUUCUGUUGAUUCCUAUUCACCUGGAAGUCCAUUGGUCUCUCAUUACUGUGACACUCUCUAAUCGAAUUAUUUCAUUUUACGAUUCCCAAGGCAUUCAUUUUAAAUUUUGUGUAGAGAAUAUAAGAAAGUAUUUGCUGACUGAAGCCAGAGAAAAAAAUAGACCUGAAUUUCUUCAGGGUUGGCAGACUGCUGUUACAAAGUGUAUUCCACAACAGAAAAAUGACAGUGACUGUGGAGUCUUUGUGCUCCAGUACUGCAAGUGCCUCGCCUUAGAGCAGCCUUUCCAGUUUUCGCAAGAAGACAUGCCUCGAGUGCGGAAGAGGAUUUACAAGGAGCUGUGUGAGUGCCGGCUCCUAGACUGAGACCCAGCAGGGACUCUGGAACACUGACCACAUCGGAGCAGAUGGUUUGUUACUUGAAUCUCCACAAACACUUAUUUGAAUUUUUACAGAUUUCAGAUUGGUGGUAUUGGGCCACUGUUGUUACCUCAAAUUUAUUUGUUGCCCUUACUCAUUUCUCCCACUACCAUGUACUUUUUUUAAAUGUUUAGUUUAAUUUUUAACUUUAAGAAUUCCGUGCAUCCCUCCCAUAUUUAAUAUUUAUUAUCCAAACACAUGCAUGUAGACAGAGCAUGCAGUGAAAAGUAUUAAAAAAAAAAAAACUAGUAGAUUUGGUGCAGCUUUUGAAACUUAGUUAGAUGUGAACUGAAUACAUUUAAAAUUUAGCCCCACCACCUAAAAUGCAAGAUGUUUGUGAUGCAGCAUUACUCACAAUAGACGUUCCCUGUGGCAAAGAGGGUAGGGAGUGGUUCUGACAAAGCCAGUCUUGUAAACCAGCAGCACCUCUCACUGGUUUUCUGCUCCAAGUCUCAGCCUGAGAUACGUAAGGAGCUGAUAAGUGAGGCUGUUCUGUUCAUGGAGGCAUGCUUGUAAGCACAGUGCCCCUUUGGGAACUGCUGAUUAAGGUCUGAGAAAAAGGCAAUGUUCUUAUGGCCCAGUUAUUUUUAAAAGUUUUUUUGAUUUUUCCUGACGGGGUUUCACUGUAGGAUCCAAGCUAGCCUGGAACUCAUUCUAGCCAGGCUGCCCUCAAACUAUAGCCCUGUUUGUUUCCUGAGCGCUGGCUUUACACUGCCACACCAGCAGUGAAUGAGAGUUCAGACUCGGUCUUGGGAAUUAGAGCACAUGGGCUAGAUCUCAUAGGGCUUUUGCUUCGUCAUUGAAUUCCCUGGAUUUUUCUGGUUUUGACCUGUGAAAAAAUUUAGCAUCCAUCAAACUUGUUAGAAGUAAUUUGCAAGUUCUCACUUCCCUUUUACCUCCCAUGUGGAAGAUGUUUGCAAUUUACCAAAAACAUUUCAGAGUAUCUGAAAUGUAAACAUCAAAAUGGAAGGUUGAUUUUAGGUCUUUUGCAGAUGGUGGGGAGAAGAGAGAAGGAAGCACCGAGUUCUGUGGGAGUGCUGCACGCAGAUUAGGAAUGUUUGCUCCCUUCUCUGGGAGCGCAUACCAUACAGGCUUCAUCUGGCUUCUGCAAGAACAGCCGUGAGCCUGCACACAGGAGUUGCCUUUUCCUCCUCUCUUGAACUGUAAAGGGCUCUGUCUUAGCUGCAUAGGAUGCCGGGAUGGAUCUUCUCUCUUCAAUCUGGCCUUUUGUGACAUUUGAAAGGAAAGGAAAUAAGGAGCAUGUUAAGCUUAACCAGUUAUCUUUUCUGAAUUGAGAGAGAAUGUAAGAAACUCAGAAGCUUGUACAGAGAAGUACUAAGUGAACGGCAGAAGAUAACUUUAUGCCUGGUUAGGUACAGGCUGCUGGAAAAACAUAGUGUUUAAUUUGCCCAUAAGAUGUGGCUGGCUGAGCAGGGCUGACCGCCCAUAGUUGAGGGUCGAAUUAGACAGACGUUGAUAUGCAGAAUUCCUGACACCAGUGUGGACACUGGGAUGCAGCCCCAGCACUUUGUUCUCCUAAAUCAUCCAGACUUCAAAAGUCCUUAGCAUAAAAACCAGGUCAGUAUUUCUUACUGUGCUUCAGGUCAUUAAAAAGACUGGGAGUAGAUGCUGCUACAGAUAAGGUGGUAUCACCAUUAAGAAAGAUGAGAAUUUAAGAGUAGGAAAGAGGACUUUUUUUUUUUCUUUUAUGGUACUGGGGCUUGAACCCAGGGCCUGUGUAUGUGCUAGGCAAGGGUUCUAGCACUGAACUACACUCCCAGUUCUUUUUAUUAUUUUUGAGGCCCAAUCUCACCUUUAAUUGUCUUGCUAUCCUCCUGCAUCCCAAAUAACUAUGACCUACACUACCAAGUCAGACCUAGUUGAAGAUGUCUUUUUUUUGGGGGGGGGGAGUAACAUAAGGAUUCAGGGUCUCAUGUAGCUAAGGAUGACCUUGAAUUCCCAAUCCUCCCUCCAUCUCCCAAGUGCUGACAUUGCAGGUAUAUGCCAUCAUAACCCAGCUGAAGGUGUGGUUUUAAUGCUUUCAGACAUAAUGGCAACAACAUGGGACUCUUCAAAAUUUGUAUGCAAGACAUUUGCUGUGUUGUUGUUGGGUGGUUUUCUUCUUUUUCCUUUUUCUUUCUUUUUUUGGUGUGGCUAUACCAAAGUAGCCAGUUAAUGAUUGACUCAGUGUCUCUCGUUUUAAAACUUCUUGAAUAAUGAAGUAAUGCACUUCCCCAUGACAGACCCAUCAUGCAGAAAAGACAGUUGUAUUCUUCUAAGAAAUUUUUUUUUUGAGAUAGGAUCUCAAUUUAGCUCACGCUGGCCUCAAAUUUGCAAUCUUCCUGCCACAGCCUCCCUAAUGCUGGGAUUACAGGGUCAUGCCAGCAAGCCCAUUGCCUGGGAGAAUCAUAGUGCCUAGAGCUUGAGUUACCAAUUUCCUCUAGCCAGAAAUGGUCACAUUAGCACUGAGGCAUGCAGGGGUGAGCAGAGACAAGCUGCUACUCUCUACUCCUAGCAUGAUAGGGUGCCUUCAAGUCAGCUGCUCAGCAUGCUUUAGCCUGAACGCUGAAUAUUUUAAGUAUGUUUUCAACGUGUUUCUGUCAUUCAUAGCUUGAUUUCAAUAUACAGUUGCUCUCUCUCCUUGUGACUACAUGUUAACUUCUAUUUAGCUUAAGUCCUAGAUGAGAAAGUCUUGAUGUUUGCAGUAAUUACUUUCUUUCAGCAAAGCCACUCUUGAAAUAUACUCUGGGCUGUUGGUAAGACAGGCAUUGCUUUACUGUAACUAGCUUGGCACUGAACUGUUUGGGUGCCCACAAGGUAGGCAGACCUUAUGCCAUUGGGGUUAAGUGCAAGCUUUGCACAAACUAAAAGCUAUAUAUAAGCCUCCAACAAGUUGCCUAGUCCUUUCUCUGGGCAAAUUUAUCAGGCUAUAUUUGCUUCUUUCCAGUGGUUGUUUUGUUAAAUUUAUAGCAGUGAAUGUAGAUUUAAUUCAUCUUUUAGUUGUCUUAAGAAUCAUGGAGAAUUUACUUUUAGUUUAACCUCUUAAAGUGGGGGGGAAGCAGUUGCUGCCAAUAAUCCCAAAUCACAUUUGUGUCUUUGCAUUGUAUUUUCUACUUACCAUUGAAUAUGAAUAACUUAGUCAUCUUGACUUUAUAUUUGGAACAAAACAGUAACAGACCCAUUGGGACACAGCCAGCUGCAGCACUUGGCUAACCAUAAUUGUGGUUCACUGCUUCUUCCUAGAUUUGAAUUGUGGCAUCUGAAUGGGUCUCUGGACCUUUAAGUGAGAAACAAUGAAUUACGUAUACUGACUAUCUACUCUGCUUCAUUAUAUUAAGAGGCCAGUUACAAAGCAUAUACUUUGUUAUUGUGCUAGGCUCUGCCUCCUGGCCAGGAGAUAACUAAGACCUAGGGAACACCGUCAAGAGAUGUGCUAAUUUGUAUUUGGGCGUUACAGAAGCAAACCUAAGAGAAGUUGUUCACUUAAAUGGUACCUGUUGGUCAGAAAGAUAAUUUAUUAAAUAUUAUGAUCAUGUAAAAUUGCAGUACUCAACUCUUCUAGCAAAAUAUUUUUUUGAGAAAUAAACUAAAUGCCUUUAUAAA